AUGAUGGAAAAGCUGCGGCCACAGGCGCAGGGCAUCCAGAUCAAUGCCAUGCAGUUCCUGAAGCAGCCGAGCGCGGCACAGCUGACGAAGACCGGCGUGAGCCUCCACCACUUCAUUGGAGCGCCGCGCUGGCCCAUGCUUGCCACCAAUCGGGACCCCACGCUACAAGAAUAUGGCACUGCGGGAAAGUCCGCCAACAAUAAUGGCUGCUACGCCAUCAUCCACAGUGGCGGGCAGAUGGUCACCCCUUCGGAUUACAUGGAUGUCAUCGAGGCAGUGCAGCCUGAAAUAUUUGUGCCCAUCGCGGAUGAGGUGCCGGGUGACGCGAGCAGAAAGCGCACGGUGCAGUCAGUGGACCGGACCCUGCAGUGGCUGGACGCAUGCCUGGCGCGGCUGAGCGGAGUCCGCCGGGAGCAGCAACACCACGUGCGGCAUCACCAAGAAGGCGCCGACGGGCAGCAGGGCGGCGACGCCGCCGAACAACAGCAGCGUUGGCGACGGGGGGACGCGGACGCGGCAGCGGAGCAAGACGAGCAGCCUGCAAAGCGGCAGCGGCUCGAGCAGGGCACCGACGGAGGCGGUGGUGAUGGCAGCGGCGGCGGCGGUGGCGGCAGCGUUGGCGACAAAGGCGGUGUGGCGGCGCAAGCUAUGCUCGAGCCGCCUCUGGUGCUGGCGCCGGUGAUGGGCAGCAGGUUCCCUGAAGAGAGGGUGCGUUCCGCCAAGGCAGUGGCGUCCAAGCCUGUCGCAGGCUUCGCUCUCUGCGGCUUUGGCAUGGGCGAGGACGCCGCCCUGCACCCCCAGCUCCUAAGCGCAGCAGUGGCAGAGCUGCCGGCAGACAAGCCGCGGCUUCUGCUUGGCAUGGCAACGCCGGAGGAGGCGUUGGAGGGCGUCGUGCAGGGCGCUGACCUGUUCGACUGCGGCUACCCCACACACGCCACCCUCAACGGCUACGCGCUGAGCUUCCCGCAGCGCAUGCCCGCCAGCAACGAUGAGUCGGGUGAGGGGGCGGCGGCGGCAGCGGCGGCGGCAGAAGGGGCGGCGGCGGCAGGGGCGCAGGCCGGCGCGGAUGACUCGAAAGUUAACCUGUGGUCUCUGGAGUACAGCACCGACAAGGCGCCGCUCGUGGAGGGCUGCACUUGCUUUGCCUGCCGCAAUCACACCCGUGCCUACGUGCACCACCUGCUGCACACGCACGAGAUGCUGGCUUCUGUUCUGCUGGAGAUCCACAACACGCACUGGUGGCUGGGUUUCUUUGAGAGCAUGCGCGAGGCAGUGGUGGCGGGGCAGCUUGGGGAGUACGCAGCCUGGUUCAAGGAGCGGCGGCGGGCGGCGCGCGAGCUGCAGGAUCCGUUGUGA